AUGAGAAGAGGGGGAGGUAAUGAUAAGCGAUUUUUGAGGCGUUCUUUUAAUAGAUCGUAUUAUUAUAAGAAAAAUGAAAAGGAAAAAGUAGAAGAAAUAAAUAAUAAAAAAAGCAAAAAUUUUGAGAGAGAAGAAGAAGAAGAUGAAGGGGAUGAAGAAGAAGAUGGAGAAGAAAAGGAAGGUGAAGAUGAAGGAAAUUCAGAAGAGGAAGAAAAAGAAAGAAAAAAAAAAAAAAAUAAAAUAAAAAAUAAAGAAAAAAAAGAGUUUCUCGAUGAAGAAAGAGAUGUAAUAAAAAAUUUAGAAGAAAGUAAUGAGAAAACUCAAGACAAAAAUAAUAUAAUAUGCCCUUUAUGUGUGGAAGUACUUGAUGAAACAGAUAGAAAUUUUUUCCCUUGUGAUUGUGGAUAUCAAAUUUGCUUGUGGUGUUUGUAUUAUAUAAGAGAUCAUAUGAGUAACAAAUGCCCAGCAUGCAGAAGAAGUUAUAAUGAGAAAAAAUUUAUUUAUAACAGAGAAACACAUGAAAAAUUAUUUAAAAAACAGAAAAAUCAACAUAAAAACAAGAAUGAAAAUACAAAUUUAAGUAAAUGUGAUUUGUAUAAAAAUGCAAAUAUAUAUAAUAUUCAUGAAUAUGAUAAUUUAUUAGAAAUAAUUAAAGGAAUACGAGUAGUUCAGAGGAAUCUUGUUUUUGUUAUUGGUAUUACAGUAGCGUUUGCAAAAAAAACUAUUUUAAAAAAAAGUGAAUAUUUUGGGAAAUACGGAAAAAUAUUGAAUAUUAUAAUAAAUAAAUCACAAGCAUAUAAUCCUCAUUAUAAUGGUCCAUCCUUUAGUGCUUACAUAACUUAUAGUAAUGAAAAAGAAGCAAUUAAUGCUAUUUACUUUAUAGAUGGAAUGACAUUAGAUAAUAAAAUAUUAAAAGCUUCAUUUGGUACUACUAAAUACUGCUCUUCUUUUUUAAAAAAUUCUUCUUGUAGUAAUGAAGAAUGUUUUUAUUUGCAUGAACUUGGAAACGUGGUAGAUAGCUUUUCAAAGGAUGAUAUACAUGGACCGAAACAUUUAUAUCAUGAUCUUUUAUAUUUUUAUUUUAAAAAAUUACCAGAAAAAAAAAAUGAACAGAGCUAUGACUCUUCUAAUAAUUUAACUAAAUAUAACAAAAGGGUUCCCGAUUCAAAUAAGAAUACAAAAAAUAAUGCAGUUGAAAUUAAAAAAAAAAUAGAUAGUAAUGAAGAGUCAAUAAAUAAUAAAAAAUAUAUUUCAAACAAUACAGAAAAUAAAAUGGUUUACAAAAUUUAUAAUGAAUGGAAAAAAAAAAGCAUUGAAAUCGGUAAAGAUAAAUAUGUUAAAAUUGAAGAGGAAUUGGAAAAAGAAAAAAAAGCAGAGAUAAAUAAUAAAAAAGAAAAUAUAUCGGAAGAGAAAGUAAAUAUAAAAAGUGGCACGAAUGAAGAUAUAGAAGAAGAAAAUAUAAAUAAAAACAAAAAAAAAAAAAAAAAAAAUAAGAGUGAAGAGAUCUUAAACAAUGAUUUAAUGAAAUAUAGUAACAAUAAUAAUAGUGCUAAUAAUUAUAGUAAAGAAAAAAACUAUUUGAGCUCUCUUCAAAAUCUUUCAAACGUUAAGGAAAAUAAUAAUAGUAAAAAUGAAGAAAAGGGAAUUAGCAAAAAAAAUAAUAGCAGUGAAAUGGAAGAUACCUAUUAUCUAGAUGAAAUUUCUGAAAAUUAUCCACUAAUAAACGAUGUGAGAUUUGAAAAGGACAAAAAAAAAAAGAUGAAAAAAAAACUAGAACAAAAUAAAGUUGAAUAUAUGAAAAUGAGAGAAAAAAAUAAAUUUAAAGAAAAAGACAAAAAUGAUCAACAAUGUAAGGAAAAUAAAGAACAAAAGGAGAUAAAAAAACAAAAGAAAAAAAAUAGUUAUAAUAAUAUUAUAGAUAAUAAUAAAGAGGAAAAUAAAAUUAGUGGAACGAUAAAGGAACAGGAAGAAGGUAAUGAACAAGAUAAAGAUAUUAAAAAAAUGUAUUAUAAAAUAGAUAACUAUUUCAAUGAAUUAUUGGAUAAAAACAAAAAAAGAGAACAAAAAAAAACAUCUAUAGAUUAUAUACAUAAUGAAAAAAGAAAAACUAUAGGAAUAGAUAAGAAAGAUAUAUUUUGUGUAGAAUAUAAUGAAGAUAUAGAAAAAUCAAAAAAAAAGGAAGUUACGAACUUAAAAGAAGGUGAUAUAAAACAUAAGAAAGUUAAGGAAUAUGAAGAAAGAGAAAAAAAAAAGGGAAAAUUAAAAGAGGAUAAAGUAGAGAAAGCAGAUAUAGAAAAAAAAGAAGCAGAAAAGAAGCAAAUAUGGGAUGAUAGUUGUAUAAAAGACAAAAAAGAUAAUAAUGAAGGAUUUUAUGAAAAAAAUAUUUACAAAGAUAAAUAUAAAAAAGAAAAAUGUGAUUAUGAUGAAGAGAUAAAAAAAAAGAUAGAAAAAAGAGAUAGGCAGUUUGAAAAAGAUGAAGAGGUAAAAAAAAAAGUUGAAGUAGAAGGUGGUAAAGAAGAAGAUGGUGAUGAUGAAUAUGAAGAAGAUGAAGAAGAAGAAUUUUAUGAUGAUGAAGAAGAAAUUAAGGAAGAAUAUGAGGGGGAAGAGGAAGAAGAAGAUGAAGAUGAAGAUGGAGAAAAAGAAGAAGAGGAAGAAGAGGAGGAAGAAGAAGAUGAGGAAGAUGAGGAAGAAAAAGUUGAAGAUGAAGAAGAGAUGGAAGAAGAAGAAGAAUAUGAAGAAAAUGAGGAAGAUGAAAUAGAAGAAGAGGAAGAAUAUAUAACCGAAGAACUAAAGGAAGAGAGGAAAAAAAGGGAAAAGCAAGAAGAUAAUGAAGAGAAUAAUGAAAUUAAGAAAAGGAUAAAUAUUGAAAAUCUAAUAAAAAUGAAAAAUAAUGCAAACACUAGUCAUGAUGUAAUUGAAGAAUACAUAAAAAAAAUAAAUAAUAAAGAAAAAAAAGAAAAUGUAGAAUUUGAUACCUAUGAUAAUAUUGUGAAUAAUUAUUUUAAUGAAAGUGAAUGCUUAGAGAGUAUAGAUGAAAAAAAUAGGUACUUAGAAAAGAAUAAAAAAACAUUAAAAAAAAAUGAAAUACCUAAUGGAGGAGAGUAUAUGAAAAAGAAGAAUAAAGAUGAAAUAAAAAAAAAGAAAAUAAAAUUAGAUAAAGAAAAUUCAAAUACAAAACAAAUUAUAAAGAUGCAAGAAAAUAAAGUAAUUCUAAACAAUAAAGAAAAAAAGAAAAAGAAGAAUACUUUAAAAGAAAAUUUAUUUCAUAAAGAAAUAGAAAAUGAUGUAAUGGAUAUAAUAAGAGAGAUGAUGAUGCAUCAAAUUAAAUUAAAGAAUAAAAAAAAUAGAAAUAAAAAAAAUUGUGAAAAAACUGUUUUAUUCAAUGAUUUAGAAAUUUUUAUUAGGAAUUUAUGCAUAGCUAAAAGUAAAGCAGUUCAAAGUAAUUCUAUAGACAACGAUACAGUAUAUUUAAUAGAAGAUAUGGUAAAUAAGGAAGAAGACUCUGCUAAGAAAAAUGAUUAUUUAUUAUAUUCUAAUGAUGAAAACAUUUUUUUAAAGUCUAACAAAGGCAUAAUAGAAUAUAUAUUAAAGAGGAAUAGUAAUUUUAAAGGUAAGAAAAAUUUUAAUGAAAACGUACUUGAUGCAUUUAAAGAAUCAAUUAUAUCUAAAGAUGGUGAUAUGAUAACUGAUAAAAAUAAUCUAUUUGAUAAAAUUUUUAAUGAGCAAAUAAAUUUUGUUCAACAGUUAUGUAAAUCGGAUUAUAAUUUCAGUUCAUCUGAUAUUCAAUCAUGUAAUAAAAAAGGUAUAGAUAAUUUUUAUGAACAAACUAAUAACGUAAAUGAUUCAGAAAAAUCUAUGAUAAAAAGUAUACCUAAUCUGUGGGUAAAUUUUAAUAACUCUUUUAAUACUAAAGAUAUAAAUGAUAAAGUUAAUUUAAGUGCUUAA